GUUGCAUGAUAAUGGUCAGCCACCUCGGUAGCUUGCUAGCUGAAACAUCGAAGCUCUUUAGACUCGUUCAUGUAUAUUAUCCACUGUGUUUUAAACUCACUUAUGUCGUCUAGCUAGUUAUCCCAUUUAAUUUCAUAUUUACAUUGUUAUUAGUCAGCUAGCUGGCUGGUUUAGUUCACUAGCCUAGAUAGCUAACUGUUAGCUAGCAUCUCCGACCAUGAGUUCACUGAGCUGCUCUCCUCCUGCUAAAGAAGAGGAGGAGGUCUGCUGGACGGAGAAAGAGGGUCUGUGGCUGAACGUUGUUGUGAAAGAAGAAGAGGAAGAGGAGGAUGUCACAGUAACAAAAGUAGAGGAUGAGGAUGUUGCAGUGAAAGAAGAAGAGGACGAGAAAGAGGAGGAUUCAGAUUUUGGAGAGGAGGGAGAGAUAACUGGUAUAUUGGAAGAAGAAGAGGAGGAGGAGGAGGAUCUGAUUAACCCCAAAGCUGACGAGGCAGAGAAGAGUCUCUCCACAUCAGAACACCCCAAGAAACACCAACGGAAACCUACAGGGAAGAAACUUCAUCACUGCUCUGACUGUGGGAAAAGUUAUUCAAGAUCAGAUUCACUAAAAGUACACCAGAGAAUUCACACUGGAGAGACAUCUCACUGCUGCUCUGACUGUGGGAAGAGGUUUACCUCUUCAGCAGACCUCAAAAGACAUCAGAGAAUCCAUACAGGAGAGAAACCUUAUAGCUGUGAUCAAUGUGGAAAGAGUUUUAAUGUUCCAAGCAGCCUGAAAACACACCAGAGAACACACACAGGGGAGAAACCUUAUAGCUGCGCUGACUGUGGGAAGAGUUUCUCAAAAUUAUAUACAUUACAAUCACACCAGAGAAUUCACACUGGAGAGAAACUUUUUAGCUGCUCUGACUGUGGGAAGAGUUUUUCAAAAUUAUAUACAUUACAAUUACACCAGAGAAUUCACACUGGAGAGAAACUUUUUAGCUGUGAUCAAUGUGGGAAAAGGUUUACUCACUCAAGCUGCCUGAAGGUACAUCAGAGAACACACACAGGAGAGAAACCUUAUAGCUGUGAUCAGUGUGAGAAGAAAUUUGUUACAUCUAGCAGUCUGACUAUACACCGGAGAUCUCACACAGGAGAGAAACCUUAUAGCUGUGAUCAAUGUGUGAAACGUUUUACUUCAUCUAGCCAUCUGACUAUUCACCAGCGGACACACAAGAGAGAAACCUCAUAGCUGUAAUCAAUAUGGGAAGAGUUUUAGCCAAACAUCCUGAUAUCACACCAGAGAACACACACAGGAGAUAAUUCUUAUAGCUGUGAUCAAUGUGGAAAGCGAUAUGCUGGUAAAAUUUUGAAAAUACAUACAUGAAGUUGUUUCAUGAUAUCAAUAAAAUGUCACAAUGUAGAAUGUUUUAAUGAUGUCACAAUGUAGAAUCGUAAACGUUUGACCCCCUGUUCUAUUGAUUUCAGCGUGAUAUAGAUAUUAGCCUCGGGAUGAAUCCAGGCCUCAUCAGGGGAAGAAGUAAUGAGUACUAUUUAUUUGAUUAACAAAAAAGUGGAUUAACAAGAAAAAGAGUUGUUACACUUGGCACCUCAUUUGAAUGAGAAUGCAGCACUUCAAAAUGUAGCUAGCUGUUUUCUACAAAUUGUCCUAACCAGUGAUGUACACAUUAUUCCCAGAUUCUGUGGGGUGUUUGAGCUGUUCGUUUUAACAGGAUGUGCAACCUCUUCUCCCCCCUCUCGUGCAAUUUAUUUCCAAAUGAUAUCGAUAUGAGUGAUGAUGAAUAAGUGUUGCAUUUCUCUUCAUUUUGGGGACCCCUAAAUUUAAUGCAUCACUCCCAAAUGUAGCUGACUGUUUUCUGCAGGUUGUCCUCUAACCAGUGAGGUAAAAUAUAUCUCCCAUUUCCGUGUGGUUUUUUAGUUGUGUUAGUUUCAACAGCACAUACAGCCUGAUUUCCCCCCUAACAGAUGUAUUGCCAGUUGUCAAAACAACAGCGUAAUUAAUAUACUUACUUACUAACUAACUUAUGGGGCGGCAGCCUAGUGGUUAGAGCGUUGGACUAGUAACCAAAAGGUUACAAGUUCGAAUCCCCGAGCUGACAAGGUACAAAUCUGUCGUUCUGUCCCUGAACAGGCAGUUAAUCCACUGUUCCUAGGCCGUCAUUGAAAAUAAGAAUUUGUUCUUAACUGACUUACCUAUUAAAAAAAAAAAAAUUACUGACUUUAAAUUUACACAUUUAAAGUGGCGUUUAAAUACAAAACAAGACAAUACAACGUUUAUAACAGUUACAUACCUAUAAUAAUAGUAAGAAAUACAACUUUCUUUUUUUUAAAGAAGAAAAGACUAGCCUUACAGGGUCAAUGGGAACAUUCACCCGAGCUAUUUAGGAGGGAUAUCACACCUGGCAUAAAUGAUUGUCUCGUUCUGUUUUUUUCUGCUGAGGCCCAAUACCUGCACCCAGAGGGAAGUAAUUCAAAGUCUUGGGCGUGGCUUGGGUCUAAAAUGAUGAUAUGAUAUGAUUACUACUGUGGAACAUGUUUCUGUAGAUAGUACAUUUUAUGUUUAACUUUUCAAACUGUUUCUACAUAUUGGUUAUUGAUUUGAACAAGUUAUAACUCUUCUGAUUUGGGCUCCUCCAAAAUAGCAACAAAAAAAAUGUAAGAUCUUUUGUAUUUUAUUAGGAUGAUGUCUUAUUAUUUAUUUUUUAAAGUGAGAGUUUAAAAUAGAGUUUAAAAUUUUUUUGGUUAUUCUUUAGUUUUUUUAUCGUAUGUUGUGUAGUAAAUAUAAAUUUUAUUUAAGUUUUUUUUCUAUGAAACAAAAUUUCUGAAAUGUGAAAUGUUAUAUAAAUAAAGCUUGAUUUUAUUUGAACUUAUUGCAAAAACAAAUGAACCCAAUGUCUGACCAAUCAACACUCUUGCAAAACCAACGAAAAAAUAUGUGCUUGAGGCGUCACUACAGACACCCUGGUUCGAAUCUAGGCUGUAUCACAACAGGCCGUGAUAGUGAGUCCCAUAAGGCGGCGCACAAUGGGCUCAGCGUUGUCCAGGUUUGGCCGUUUUGGGCAAUCUUUGUAAAUAAUAAUUUGUUCUUAACUGACUUGCCUAGUUCAAUAAAGGUCCAA